UGGGGAGGGGACUUGAAUACGAACGUAGAAAGAAACUUCCGUUACUUAUCCGUGUUACUCCCUCAUACGUUAGCCGUGUAUCUGCAACUUCUCCGUCUAUCUCGAAUAUUCCUUUACAACGCCACCGCGUAUAAUAUACACACAGCUUCUAUCUCUAUAUAUACGCCUUUAUCAACUGCCAGUUUUUAUCUGUCUAGUUUUACACAACAUUAUCUCUAUUAACAAACACACAGCUCUCUAUCUCUAGGGUUUCGAAAUAUUCAAUUUCUUGAUUACAGAUUCAAUUAGUAAGAUCGAUUACAAUUCAAUGGAGUAUCGCACGCUAGAUCUUAAGAUUAUAUCUGCGAAGGGGCUUAAGAACGUGAAUUUUAUCUCCAAGGUUGAAGUUUAUGCUGUUGUGAGUAUCGCCGGCGGCGAUCCGAGGGUGAAGCAGCGGACUCCGACGGACCGAGAAGGCGGCGUCAAUCCGGCGUGGAAUUUUCCGAUGAAGUUUACGAUUGACGAGGCGGCCGCGCAGCAGAACCGCCUCACGCUCGUCAUCAGCCUACGCGCCGAACGCGCCCUCGGGGAUCGUGAUGUUGGAGAAGUGCGCGUUCCGAUCAAGGAGAUCAUCGGCGACGGUAACAACAAGUCCGUACAGUUCGUUAGGUAUCAGGUGAGGAAGCCUAGCGGAAAAGCUAAAGGCGAGUUGAAUUUCUCUUAUCAGUUCGGCGAGAAAGUCGCGGCCAGUCACGUGCCUCCUCAAGCCAAUCACGUGACCUCUAAAACCGACGAGCCUGUCACCGCCUAUCCUGCCGUGGCUCCUAUGGCCGCCGGAACUAGCUCUGCCUAUCCUCCGCCGGUGACGUCAGCUUACCCUCCAGUGGCGUCAUCGGGCUAUCCACCGGCUGCGUAUCCGCCUCAGCAGCCUGGUCACGGUUAUCCGCCUCAGCAGCCGGGUUAUGGAUAUCCGCCGCCGCAGCCGGGUUAUGGAUAUCCGCCGCAGCAACCAGGUUACGGAUAUCCGCCACAGCAGGGAUAUGGAUAUGGGGCGCCAGUGCAACAGCCGCCCAAGAAGAAUAAGUUUGGAGGAGGUGGAAUGGGGUUGGGAUUGCUGGGAGGUGCACUUGGUGGAUUGUUGAUUGGCGAUAUGAUUUCGGAUGUUGGUUCUUAUGAUGCCGGGUAUGAUGCCGGGUUUGAUGAUGCGGGCGGGUUUGAUUUUUGAUGAGGUUUUCGUAUCUUAGAGGUGUUUUUUAUUGUCUUAUUGUCCUUUGAGGAAUGCUUAGUUUGUACUGAUGAAAAUCAAAUAACCCGUGUUUGUAAAUGAUAUUAUGGAUUUAUGGUUUCUUAACACCUAUAAGUGGCUCGAGAGUUUGAUAAUGGAAUCAUAUUCUGCUGUGUUGAUUGUUGAUCUUAA